AAGAAAACAGCAACGCAGAAUGUGUGUGUCCUUUCUUUUGAAACAGUUAAGUUACAGAUCAGAGGUAUCUUGACUUUCAACCGUGUUAGACAUUCACAAGUAGAAUAGAAUGAAAGCUGCUGGUGACGUAAAGGAAACAAUUAUUUUAGAUACAUAGGAAACCUAUUUUUAACCUCUUGGUUUAGUUAUAUAUUGACCAAAGAGCUGAAGUGUUGUACUAGAGUGACAGGUUUACAGACUUAGCUUACAAGCAUGGAUGUCAUCUUCAAGGAAGGGAUGGUGUACCUUCAGGGGGUGAAGUUCGGAAAAAGAACAUGGCGGAAAAUGCGGAUGGUGCUUUUUAAACCCAGCUCCACAGGGGUUGGGCGGUUGGAGCUCUAUACUGUACUUGACAACAAUGCUGUUACUGAUCAGAAGAAGGUCGGCUGGCAGAAAACACCUGAGAGAAAAGUGGUGCGUCUAAGUGACUGCCUCAGUGUCACCCCUGCUCCAAAGGAGUCUUCCCCUCCUGGGUGCACAGCAUUUUACCUAUAUACCACUCAAUCCAACUACACCCUGGCCUCCAUGACAAGCCAGGACUGGCAAAGUGCCCUAUGUCUUCUAGCCUUCCAGAAGGAUCCUGGAGAAUCAGACAAAGGGGGUUUCGAGAGCGGAAAUGGCUUGACCAUGGAGGAAAAUGACCUUUACUCCUCUUGGAAAACAGAGCUGACCCUUCCUCCAAACCAGUACCAAGUGACUAUACAGAGCACAGAGGCAUCCAGGAGGUGCCAGUUGGCUGGAGAGUAUCUGGUCUCCCCAGAAAAAGAGGCUGUGAUACUGCUUGCCAUCAAUACUGGUCAUACCAUCUAUCGCUGGCCGUACAGGCUCUUACGCAAAUUUGGACAGGUUGAGGGCGGAUUCAGCAUUGAAGCAGGCCGUCGCUGUGAGUCAGGAGAAGGAGUGUUCAUCUUCUUGUCCAGACAUGGUCCCCAGGUCUUCCAGGCUAUAUUAACGCAGUGCUCUGUGGAGAGGGAGUCCUCGAUCCAGCCAUUCAGUGUCCACAGAAGAUCAUUAUCUGACCAGUCUCCUGUUAUCCUCCCAAUCACAAGCAACUGGCCCUCUGGUUCUGUUUACAAUCCUGCAGCUGUUUCUGCUGACCCAGAUGACGGGUCUGCCAACCACUACUCUACUAUUAAUGACACCUCUGUACUUGUCAAACCUUAUCUCUCUAACAGCAAGGAGGCUGUGGGAGAUGAAGGUAAGGAUGAGGAUGAACGGUGUCAUUCCCUGGAGAAUAUAAGCCUGAAUAAUGCCAUGGAGGACAACAUUUAUUACAACCUAAGGAGAGCUACGCCUCCUAUGAUCAGAAAAGAUCAGUUCAACCCCGAGACAGACGAUUCAGAGAGCAUCUAUUCGGAUGUGAAAAUAGUUUAUUCUCCCUUAAAUCCCCAGCUGCAGCCCUUCUCGUCACCCCUCCCUCAGCCUGUUCCCCAGCCUCCUCCUUUAACCCUUCCCCAAUCGGUUUCCUGCAUCCCACCCAAAGCCCGAUACCAGCAUCAGCCCUCUGCAAAUAACUACAUCCAGCCAGUGUACAAUGCACAGGCACAGGCAGUGGAUGACAUGAAGGAGAUGGAGGAGGCCGCCUCUAGCCAUGUUGGCCCCACAGAGGCCCCAGGCAGUUUUAAACACAGGCUGGCAGAAAUCAUUUCCAAGGACCUGGCAAAGUUCCAGCCACCCUCCGGAGCGGGCAGCCCCACAUUUUCUCAGUAUUAGUUAACAGACAGACUAGAAGGAGCAAUUUAACCAUGAUAGACUGUCAUAAAGCAUAAUUAAAUGUCUUUAUUUCUUUGAAAUCCCCUCCGCUGGGAACAUUAGGCAGCAGAUCUUGGCUUGCAGAGGUUUGUUGUUUUUAUCUGCAGUGGUGAAAUGUUACUAAGUACAUUUACUAAAAUACUGUACUAAAGUACAUUUUUGAGGUACUUUACUUGAGUAUUUCCAUUUUACGUUAUACUUCUACUCCGCUUCAUCCCAGAGGCAAAUAUUCUACAUUUUAAUCCACUUUAUUUAAUUGGACAGCUUCAGUAACUAGUUACUUUGCAGAGUACAAUUAUUAAUACAUAAUAUAAUCAACUAAUGAAUGAUGAUGUAUUUGUAUGGAUUAAGCUGCCCAGUAGUACAUAAAGUAGUUAAAAUGAGCUCUAACUUUACCAGCUGCAACAUUAGUGAUGCUUACACACUAAUGCAUCAAUAAUUCUAAUUCAAUAAUUAUUAUAAAAUUGGGCCAUUCUGCAUAAUAAGUACUUUUACUUUUGGUACUUUAAGUAUAUUUGAAUUCUAAUACUUCUGUACUUAAGUCAAAUUUUGAAUGCAGGACUUUUAUUUCCACACUGUUGCUACUUUAACUUAAGUAAAAGAUCUGAGUACUGCUCCCACCACUGUUCAUGUGUAAUCUGUUGUUUGAAAACGCAUCUGGACUACAGUUUACUCUGUGGAUUGUUUUUGCAAAAAGAGGAUUCAGUUAUUGUUGUUCUUCACUGCUGGAAUGUUAGAGAAGCUAUAUGCAGCAAUGUGACAUUGCCAUUAGUUAGUAAGCUGAAUGAACAUCUGAAAGUUGGACUGUUUCAUUAUGGAAAUAGUUGUGAAAGAAAUAUGUUUCCUUGUUACAUUAAGUGAGUUAAACAGCUUUGUUAGACUUCUUCUAAUUUAUGUUUUUUCUUCUAAAUUCCCUGCCUUUAAGAGAAUAAAGAAUAAUGGUUUUCACACAUAUAAAUCAA